AUGCCUUUGUUUGGCUCCUCCAAGAAGAAUCCUGCUGAAAUAGUUAAGGCUACCAAUGAUGCCCUUACGAUUUUGGCGCAAGAAGCUACCAGUAGUAAGAAGACGGAGAAGGUAAUUUGGGUAGUAUUAACUUUUCAUUAACUCUGGUGGUGGCCAGUGAGUAGCGAAAAAUCCACAUUUUUCUCCUAUUCCUCUUUUUCAGACUGGUUUUCGGCUAUAUAAUAAUAAUUAUUAACUGUAAUUAUUACAGUUGUAGCAUGAAAAUGGAGAAAACUGAGUUUUGCAACAGAAAGGGCAUAUUUUCCGACUAACCAGAUGUAACUAAACAGCUUUUUUAACUUUUGUGCAUGUAUGUGUUGUGGUUCAAUUUUAUCCUUGGAUAAAAUGUUAUUUUCCUUUGUUUCACAUUCAUUAUCAUACAUUACCAUACUCCAAAACAAAGGAAAGUGAAAUUUAAACCAAGGAUAAAACUGAACCACAACAUAAUAUGCAUAAGCCAAAAUUUAAAUUUGCAAAUCUAUUUUGAUCUUUCUUUCAUGCUCUCUUUUUUUCCUUUGCCUCCCUUUUUAUGCAGUUUUGUCGCCUGCUCUCUUCUCCUUGCAUAAGCAGGAUUACAAAGUUGUCUCUAACCAUUAAAGGGGCUGUGUCACGGCAGUCCAGUUCAUUUUGUUUAAUUUUGCCAAUUACUCGCCCUCAAUCUCUAUGGAACUUAAAGUAAGCAAAGAAAUUACAUGUAAAUCACUAAAUCAGAGACCCGAGACAAACAAGUAUGUCUCCUGAGCAUUAUUUUUGAAGUUGCAAGCAGCAGGGAUCAACUUUGAAAAACUGUUAGGCUGAGCAGUUUUCAAAAAUCCUAAUUUUAAUCCGUUUCAAUCUUCUUCAGUUUUGCCCAUCCGUGGCAUCUGUUGUUUCUGUUGUGUUAUUUUAACCUUCCAUUAAAGUUUUAAGCGGUUAUUUUUAUGUUCCUCUUAAUUUAACGGGCAUUUUGUAAUGUCCUAAUUUGGCUGUAUUUCGUGACACAGCUCCAUUAAAACUGAAGAUGUCAUAAAUGGCCCAAAACAUUAUUUAAAAGUGAAGCACUUCAAGGCUUUCUGUUCCAGGUGCAAAAUAUCAGCUUCCAUAGUUCGGGCUCGUGCAGAAAGAACAUUUUUGAGAUACAUGUAGUUUUUGGGUUUAAAAGUGACAGAGUAGUCUUAACUUCUACUUUUUGGAUUCUCUCCUCUCAGUUCUUUUGCUUUUCUUUUUUUGUUUUUUGCCGUCCUUUUUGCUGAGCAUUUAUUAGACUACAGUUGAGUGGGAAAAGUUUUAGGGAAUGCUUUUAGGAUCUUUUUAGGUUUAGAUGAAAGGAACUUAAGGUUAAGGUGGGUAGUAAGAUAUGUUACGAUGCAAAUUCUCAGGUUGAUGUUACGUGGUGUGUUGCCUUUUUCUUUGACCUCCUUGACUGAAUCGUGCUCAUUCUGGUGUAGUUUGAAAAAUCUCUUCCCCUUGCUCAAGUUAGAGGACAAAGUUGUCCCUAACCAUUAAAACUGAUGUUAUCAUAAGUUGUACAAGGGACAUGGAUCUGCAUUUUAGUAAAGGGGGAAUAGGUUAAGGCAGAUGCUUCAAAUACAAGGAUCCAUAUUCCUUUUUUCACAGAGUCGUCAGCCGGGUAAGUAAACCUGAUGGCCUACUUGCCCGGUUACAAUUUGGAUUGCCUGGACAAAAGUGCGGAAUUAUAUAAAAGAAUGGUGAAAAAGUUGUGUGCAACUUGAACAUUUCUGAUUAGCAUUUUAUUUGCAUUAUAGUUAGUAAAUAGUUACUUAGAAGGGUUAACUGUUAAGUACAACAGGUUACAGGCCUAGGCUAAACACUGUCAGUUCAUAAAUGUUUUACCAAUGUUUAAAACUGAGCCUGCAGAUGAUGGUUUCGUAGAAAAUACUGCACCGUCAAAGUUGGCAUCCAAACUUACUAUUUCAUUGCAGACAAAAGCUGCUUGUUAUUCACCAUUACUCUAAAAGUUUUAAGUGGAUGAGAAGUAAUCAAAACACAGGGAAAAUGUAUAAAAUCAUAUAAGAAUUUUUUAAAAGAUUUUGUGGUUGAGCAAAACCUCACUUGUCUGAAGGGCGACUUUUGGAGUUAUCCCAAGCCCUAGGAUUUCAAAUGCCAUGGAUAACAAUUUUUCGGUUCCAUGCCCAGAGAUCAUGGGAAACCAAUUUUCUGGUUCAAUGAAAAUUCAUGGGAACCCACUUUUAUUUCUUUUAAUGUACAGAAACAUGUUGUUAAACAUACUUUAAAAUUAAAGAACGUCAAUGGGUAUAAUUAUUAUUUACGCAAAAUGUCAGAAGAAGGUCAAUUUGAGUGUUAAAUGUGUGUGCACUAUCAAAAAUAGUGUCAAAAAUUCCAGACUCCUCUCUGAUACAACUAAAGAAGUAUACUCUCUUGAAAUGUUCGCUACAGAUCUUGUCUUUUUUUAAAGAGAUUCGGGCCUCAUUGUCGGUUUCAAUAGUGAAAUUGUCACUAAAAGACAACUUUCUAAAUAUUUUUAAACUUUUGGAGUCAUAUAUAUAUUUUUUUUCUUGAUACUGGAAGCCAUAAAAACCACUGUUGUUGACUGUAAAACAUCUUUCGUGCGUGAGUCAUCAGUAAUGUACAAUGCACAUUGGGAACAAUUCAAAAUGAUGAAUGAUAGAAAAACAAUAACCUUUUUUAAAAUUUCGCAAAUACACAAGCUGAGUCAUAGAGAAUUGCUCUACUAGUGUUAAGAAUCUGAGUGGAAAGUACUGUAUUUGUGUAUUUUGAUUCGUCAGUCUGAGUAUAAUUAUCAGGAUUGUCACUGGGUAACUAUUUUUCGGUUCCGUUAUUUUAAGAUCAUGGUAACGACACAGUACCAGAAACUACCGGCAAUUACCGUGAAAUCCUAGGGCUUGUUAUCUUAAUCGUCCAUGCGAAAUUGUAGUCAUCUGGGAGGACCGGAUGACUGGGAAUAUGGAUCCCUGCAAAUGGGUCAAGUUUGAAAUUAAACAUUUUGUCCAGUGCCCUUCAAACUUUAAUUAUUUGGUAGCAAAACAUGUCAGAUAUGCACCCAAUAAGAAAUGUUUUGUCACCAUAACCUGUCCAUGUUUAUAGAUGAAAACUGAAAAUGACUUGAGUAACAUCACACCCAAAAACCACAUGUAUACACAAAGCGCUGUUGGUCAACAAACGCUGGUUUCAGAUCUUUAUUUUAUUUGUGGCUUACAUGUUGAUUAAUUGUACAAGCAAGUACUAGAUAGUUGUCGAUUAUAUUCCAUAAGUGUGCAUAAAUUUCACAACUUGGGAUCGGACACUCAUUGUAGCAGACAGUUUUCUUGUUUUGAUGGGAGUGUGCAUUAGUAGUUUAGUUUUAAAUAUAGCUGUUAAAGCUUCCUCAAAUAUUGUAACAAAUGAUUUGUGUGUGAGUCACAUAUUUGCUCUAUUUUUAUUUUUCAUUCAAUUUUAGGCUUUAGAAGAUAUUUCAAAACAGCUAAGUGCCAUGAAAACAAUUAUUUAUGGAUCUGGAGGUAUGUUGUUUAGACAGUGUUUAACAACUGCAUUGCUUAGUGGAGUUGGGUACCUGGGAUGUGCAUGGACUUCCACUUUUGGCAUAUGAGAAAGUAUUUAUCAUAUGACAAUAGGAAGUCCAUUGUACAGGCUAUUAUAAUGUCACAAUUAGACUAUUGUAACGGUCUAUUAUAUGGUACGCCCGCUGUUCAUCUUGGUAAGCUGCAACGCCUGCAGAACGUGGCAGCUCGGCUGGUAUGUACUGUAUCUAGGGAUGAUCCUAUCACACCAUCCCUGAUCAACCUGCACUGGCUUCCGGUUACCCACAGAAUAGAAUUCAAGAUAGCAAUGCUAGUUCACAAAUGUAUCUAUGGCGUCGCACCACAAUAUCUUUUAGACUUGAUAAAAAUCAAAGAGAGCUCGCGGUAUCAGUUGAGAUCAUACCGGGGCAUAUAAGAAAUAAACAUUAUUAUUAUUAUUAUUAUUAUUAUUAUUAUUAUUUGGCAAACCCAGACCCUAGACAGAGUUUGUGCUCCCAUGGCUGAUAAACCGGCGCCUUCCAGCCAUAGGGGGAGGGAUGGGGGUAAAAGAAUGAUCCAGAGGCUAAACGAAGAGAGAGGCCACCAGGAAACGCUCUACUAAACACAUGGAGAUGAUGGAAGCAAGGCUGACCAUGCUUGAGCCACUACACUGACCACUAAGCGACAACACGCGACUGCACUCCUUGUUGUUUACUGUGUUAAAUUUUAUGUUCAUUAAAUCUUUUCUUUAAAUCUUUUUCUUUUUAAUUAAUUUUCUUUAAAAAAAAAAAACAUUCAUUUGCCUUUUAAAAAAGAGAUGUGACACAAUUUUUAUGGGCCUCACGUCUCUCUAUAACUACCAAUGUAAUAGUUGUUGUGAAAUUUGUUUUUUUAGAUUCAGGACCACAGACAGAACUUGUAGCACAGUUGGCCCAAGAAUUCUACAAUAAUGAUGUUCUACUUCAUCUCAUAAAUAAUCUUGGAAAAUUGGAUUUUGAGGUUAUUUUUAAAACUGAACUUUUACCGCCCCACCCAUGUCCAGAAACGCACACAGUUUGUACCCUUUUACUUUACAUUAGAGACAAUAUUAAUAAUUAACAAUAUUAGCCUUCGUGGCAGGCGUUUGAAAGGGAAGGGAAAGGGAGCUUUGUGAAAGGGAGUUUUAGGCACGAGAGAAAGCGAGGGGCGCGCAAGGAAGGAGGGAGGGAAACCCCUGCCAGGAAACCAUUGUUUUUCUCGUUUUUAACAUCUACCAAGCAAAUGUUAAAAUCCUGAUUGGUCAAAAUUGAUAAGAUCUAAAUAACUUGUUCUAAUUGCAUGGUCACCUACAUGUCAUUCAGUAACUUGAGUGUUACCAUUCACAACUAAACAUAUGUCGUUAGUGAAGCAUGUUGAGAUUUCUCUACGGGAAUUCAUCGUUAGAAGGCACCAAUUUCAGCUUCAAAGGAGAAUACAAAAAAGCAGGUAAAGAACUGUAUGAAGAAAAGGCCUGUCAGCAGAUGAGUUUUACUGACUGGUUCUGAAAAGUAUUAUCUCCCAACGGCUUGUCAGUUUUACUCGCCAGAAGAAAGAAACGAAAAAUCAUGCUGCCAGUGUGCCUGUUAUCUGCUGUUUGACCCGCGUUAUCAACGGCAAGAUAAUUGAAGACAAAGCGAUCUAUAACUUUUCAGUUGACUUUUGGCGAUUUUUGGUCGAGGACUUCUUCUUGCCGGUUAUAAAACCGCCAGGAACUUACUGUAAUAAUAAAUUGUUGCCUUCUUGCAGAUCUUCGAAGUUCAGCUCUUCUUUCCCUGCCACCAGAAUUCUUUUGUGUGCUCCGCUGGAUCCAGUUCGUCCUGAUAGAAAUUCAAAGAGUGCGUGACGGCAAAGUGUUUUAAUUUUUCUUAGACAAACCUUGCAUUGAAAGUUGCGAAGAGCCGCUACAUUUCUUGUUAAAUAGUUUUCCAGCCAGAUUGCUUCAGCAAUAACUUGAAUAGAUUUAUGCUGGAUUUUAUGUAACUUGGCACGCGUCGCUGCAACUUUCAAGGAAGAUUCCUUCGAUGGACGACCGCAUUUGAACUUUUUUCAUAGUAACUUUACUUUAGAUUUCUUAAGGAAAACAAAAGAAAAACAGUGCGAGAAAUACGACUAGAAUACGUGCAUCGUGGCCAGACUUAUUUGACAGCUAGUCAUUCACAGUUGCGUUAUUUUUGUUAUUUUUUUAAUUAGCAGGCAGAAACAAUGGUUUCCUUGCAGGCGUUCCCCUCCUCCCUCGCGCGUGGUCUCGCGCCCUAAUUCCCUUUCCCUUCCCUUUCGAACGCCUGCCACGCAGGCUAAUUAACAAUUAAUGAAUGAGGCUGAGUAUCUUAUGAAGAAUUAUGGAGAUCGAGGAGGGUGUUAUCCAUCGAGGCCGUAGGCCGAGGCGGAUAACAUCCUCCUCGAUCUCCAUAAUUCUUCAUAUGAUAUGAAAGCCAAAUUCAAUAAUUGUUUUAUUAUUCAUUCAAAAUAAUUCCUAGUUAAACCCAUUCGCUCCUGGAGAUUUUGCCGAAAAACACGUUUUGAAGCUGGUCGAGUGGUUUUCUGGUCACUGUCGUGCUAUAAAGAGCUAAGACUUACCACAAACGGGUUUACAGGUCAUACACUUCAUGGCCUUCUGAUCCAGAUGAAAAAUAUCAGCUUGCGAAGUUCGGGCAUGCGCAGAAAGUAAAAUUUGGGUUUAAAAGUGACACAGCAGUCUUGACUUUUACUUUUCUCUUUCUCUCCUCCCCUCUUUUUUCGCUUUUCUUGCCUCAUUUUUUUUUUCUCUUUCAUGCUCGUCAUUUAGUAGGCUUCAUUUUGGUGGGAAUAGUUUUUAGGAAAGCGUUAGGAUCUUAGGAUUAGGUGAAAGGAAAGGUAGGUGGGCAAUGCCGUCACAAGGGUAUAAAGGACGUGGAUCCGCACUGGCGGUUACAGGCGGUUCAGGGACAAAUGGGUUAAAAACAUGGCUAAAACAUGCUUACCUCCAUCAAUCCAUCGAUGUUAAGUUCAUCUUCGAUAGUGCACCUUUAGGCUUGUCCAGCUCCGCAAAUAUUCUCCAAAUAGCAGAUGUUGCCCUUUGAGUUGUCUUCUUGCUGUUCUUGCCACGUUUUUAGCUAUUUUUUCGCCUAGUUCUUACUCUUGAAACGAGUGAAAUGACCAUCAUUUUUGUUUCCACAACCAAAACAACUCAACCUUGUCCCCAGGUCUUCUCGGUUAACAGUGCCUUAACCUGCUUGAAUGCUGCAUUUUUGACCUGAUUUCCUCGUUAAACACAAAAUUAUUCCAAAUUUGGUCAUCAGUAACUGGUUAUGGUGAAUUAAACGUGUGCUUUUAGCCAAUCAGAAUUGGGGAAAUAUUUUGAAUGAAUAAUAAUAAAUCCUUAUGGCUUCAUGUUUGACAGUAUUUCUUGCAUUAUUCUAAAGGGACUGUGUAUGUGUGAGUUGUGACAUUAGCUGAUUGUUUUUAAACCAAUCAGAAGCAAGUUAGGUGCAUGCAAGGAAAUUUACAUAAUUCAAAUUUGUUGUUCACUACGCAAGAGUACUUCUGGAUGUUUAGUUCGAUUUUAUGUAUUCUAAUAAUUCAUAUUUGUUCUCUGCUAUUCCUAAGGCAUAUGUUGCAGCCAAUAAGAAUGUUGUAGCUAAUUUUUAUUUCAGUUAAUUUUUCUUUUUCCAUUGUUUCUGGGUAUGGUAAUGUAUGCUAAUGAAUUUAAAACAAAGGAAAACCAAAAAUUAACUGAAAUAAAAAAUUAACUGCAACAGAAUACGAUUUACAACCCUGUCCUGCCUGUGAGGUCUUUCAUGUACACACGCUAACAAACGGAUCGGCAAACAAAAUUUGUAAACAAUCCUUAUAUUACUGAUCUCUCUGUUCGCCUUAUAUAAACCUAGAAUUAUCUGCAAUGGUGCCUGACCAGUGACCAAAACGCAGAGCAUAGGUAUAAAGAUUAUCCUAAAAGAACAACACAAAAUUGAGCAUAUUGAUUCAAAUUCCUUUACAUUGCAUCGGGUCAGUGUUCUGCAAAACAAACUUUAUUGAGUAGAACACAUAAAGAAACCAGAUUUAUUGACGGUAACUGUAUAAACAGAAUAUUCGGGGAAGAAUUUAUUUUAAAUCACAGUUCUUGAAACACUGACAACAAUAUUAUUACAUGUACAUGCCAAAUCAUUUGUAGCUAGUAAACUGAAAGGUGUUUAAAGUUCCAAUCUCUGGCUUUUUGGCUGAGAUAGAAUCAUUAUUGUUCUAAUGGUAUAUAUUACAAAACUGUACUCAGGUUUUUCUUAUAAUCCUUGAAAAGGUGCUGAAUUCUUCUGAUUCUAUAGCGACAUCUGUUGGUAUUUUUUUUCCAUCUACAGCUGACUCUCUCUUAAUGGAUACCUCUGUAAAAUGGACUCCUAGUGUCGGUCCCUGCCUUUCUUUACUCCCUUUAUUUGGCUCUACAUGUAUAUAAGAGGGACACUUAGAGCCUAUCCCAAAGGUGUCCGUCUUGGAGAGAGUCGACUGUAUGGCAGUUAAGGUGGCUGAACACAGUUUUGCAGUUUGUGAGUAUAUGUCAUUUGCUAAAUCAUGGCAAGAGAAGGGGUUACAGCUCACAAGUGGAAACUUGCCAAGUGAAAAAUAUUUUGAUUGACGGUAAAAUUUGACAUUUUCGUAGUUUCGAUGGCAACAUGAAUGAUUGAAUACAACCUUAAAAUUUCACUUUUGCUCAGUUUACAUAAAACUCCCUCAAAUUUUCCUGUAAACUUGAACACAGCUUACUAUGAUUAAUCAUUACCAUUUGAAACUUAUUUGACCCAAUUUUAACAGACAGCUUUCUAGAUAAUCAGUAAUAUAAUUGUUCUGUAAUUAUCAAAUGUGUCAUAAAAAUCAAAUCGUCUGUUCAACUUCCAUUUUAAAGUUCUCUUGAUUAAAAUGCGAUAAAAGUAAAAGUUCUGCCAAAUAUCACAAAAUUUUAAUGAGUAGAUUUUGAAAAAACGUCUUCUGUGUACCAUUGCUUUUUUGCCGCCAUGUUUGUUUGUCUAAUUUAAAACGAGUUACUGCUGACCGCCCACAAAACUGUGUUCAGCCACGUUAACUGAGGGACUCGAUUUAAUUGGUAUGACAACUAUGUCUUUGACUUACAGUAUAUGGUUCAUUACUGUUUAAACUCGAGGUCAGGGCUUCCCAGGUCUCAAAACCUUUCCCUGGUCAAUAGAUGUUUCUCAAGUUUUGUUCCUUGUUUUCUGUAGAGCAAGAAAGACACAGCCUUAAUCUUCAACAACGUAUUAAGACGUCAAAUUGGUACUCGUUCCCCCACAGUGGAAUACAUUUGUCAGAAAAAUGAAAUUUUGCAUGAACUUCUUAAAGGGUAAGGCUUUUGUACUUGGAAAAGAAAUGGAUAACCAGUAUCGCAUUUAUUGCAACUUAAGAUAAAUCUCCACUUAGCUCAAAUCUUGGGUGUUUUACAUGUACAAGUGAAAGUCAGGGAACCUUUUCUUUUUCUGAGGAACAGCUCCCUACUUAAUAUCGCACAGGUUUACUUCCCACAUUUCUUUAUUACAGUCAAAGCAGGUGAAGCGUUCCCGUCGCUAACGAACUAAUGAAUUCAUUAAUGGUAAAAUGAUUUUGUUUUUUGAUUCAAUAAUCCAUUUGUAAAAUGAACAAUCAAAUAUUCUUAUUCAGCCUCGAUUCAAUAAAAAUCAUGUUGAUUCAAUUACUGUUUUUUGAAAAACUACACUUUCCACAAGUUAGACUGCGAGCAGUCCCCAGGAUGGUCAUGCGAGCAAGGAAAUGGAGCUAAGCGAGUGAAAGUAAAAAACAAGAAGCCGAGGGGAAGCUCCCCUCAGCCAUUUCACUCUCUCCAGUCCUGCCGAGCUUAGACUCGACUGACUGAAGAGGGACUGCUUGCAGUCUAUCCACAAGUCGACCCCAGCAUUUUCUUUUUUCUCCUUUUUUUCUAAGAGUUGAGUGCAGCCGAGUUCUGAAGUUCAAACCCAAAAAACUGUUGCAUGUACGCCAUUUUACUUCCGGUAAUCAGUGCCUCAGACCUGACCUCUUAAAAAACAUGAUGGUCAAACUGAGGUCAGUGUACAAUGUGCGGUAAUUAAUAGAUUUCUUUCCUUGGCCUUUGUCAGUUUAUUUGCAUUUGCAGUCUGUCUAUUCCUGCUGUUAUUUUGAUUACAGGCAAUGAAAAACGCAAUCGAAAACGGUAGAAAAAGGGUAGCAAAUACAAUUGAAUAUAGCAGACAGGAAUAAAGAACCAGUAGUUUUUGUUCACAAACCAAAUCAACAUUUUAAUUAUUGAAUUGAGGUCCAAUUUGACUGUUAGAUUAUUCAUUUUAUGAAUGGAUUAUUGAAUUGACAAACCACAUCAUUUUUCCAUUCAUGAAUUUAUUAGUCCAUUAUUGACAGGAAUGCUUGACAUGCUUUCACUGUAAUAAUAAACAGAUUUAAUGGUUUCAGUCAGUUUUUGUUUAAGAUUUAAACCAAAAUUACAUCUUACACUAGAAAAGGGAGUUGACAUCAGCAGAUUCAGAAGAAAAUCAUGGAAACAUUCAGAUUCUUGCGACUAUGAUUCCACUGAGUGUGUAUAAUAUGCGAGCCAGCGAGUCAUGCGAGUCAACAUGUGAGUCAACAUGCGAGCCAUGCGAGUCAUGCGAGUCAGCAUAAAAUAACUUUGUUUUUAACGUAAACUACUAAGUAACGUAUCUAUUCCAAAGGCAGGUCCUUUAAAAUUCAGCUUCAGAAAAAUUCGCCAACAUACAAAUUGAACGAGGUGAAACAAUAACAAAGGUUUGAGAAUGCGUUAAACAAAGGUUUAAAGGUUCUUCCUCGGUCACGUUUAAUGAGUCACACCAUAUGUGGUAAGCCACGUGACCAGAACAUAAAAACACUCUUUAAAACCCAAACGCCUUUGCGCCUUUCAUAAUAAAACCAAUGCCAAUGGCUUAAGAAUAUCGCGAUAAAAAUCUGACUUACUAACGCCCUUCUCAAAAUUCACAGUAAUUGAAAAAGCUAUGACGUCAUUGAGGGUAUUUUUAGUUGCGAGUCAACAUUUUACGAGUUUAUUCCUUGCGAUUUACUUAAGAUGUUUCUUUUCUUCAAGUUUAUACACUCGAUAAAAUUAUGGGCAACAUGACUUAGGACUCACGACUUGGUAGAUGACUUUCGGCGACUUGACCGUUACCUUUUCAUACAUUUUCUUUAAAAGACUUUCUUGCUGUCGUCUGAACGCUAAUUUCAUGCUACAAAUGUUAAAAAAGUUAAAUUGCUUAUGAUUCGCCAAAAAAUGGAUUCUCUUUCCUUCGAACUUCUGUCUCGCAUGGCUCACAUGAUGACUCGCAUGACUCGCAUGACUCACUGGCUCGACUCGCAUGACUCGCUGGCUCGCUGGCUCGCAGUUUGUCAAGACCCAUUCCACUCUUCUUGCAGCUGUAAUUUUCUAUUAUCAUUAGGUCCUUAAAGCACUCUAACCACUCCAAUUCAGUCACUGUUGAAAAUUGGCCUUUAAAGCACAAGAUUUCUCAGUCAGUCUUUAAAUGUGGGAUUGACCAGUUAACUGAGCAUUUUGUUCUUUAAGAAUCAUAUCGAAAUAUAUACAUGUACUUGAAAUAAAACUCUACAGGUUUUUGUAAAACUUUAACAGUGUCAAUGCACCUACCAGGUACAGUUAUUUACUAUAAUAAACUCCAGUGAAAUACCAGGUGAGCUUUCACGCGAAAACAUGAUAUCGAUCUUCAUAUGUGAGAAGAUCAUUGUAGCUGUGGCUACAUAAUAAAUCACGCCUUUCACAGCAAAAAAAAAAUGGUGAUGUAAAAUGGUUUGGUUAUUUCAUUGGUGUUUAUAAUAAUAAAUAGAACAUUACAUGGCCGCUUGGUGAUAUGAAAUUUCUCUUCUCCUCUGUGUUUCUCUCUACAGCUACAAACAACCUGGAAUAGCACUAAACUGUGGAGUCAUGCUCAGAGAAUGUAUUAAACAUGAGUCAUUAGCCAGAGCUAUCUUAAUCGAAAAUGAAGAGUUCUACAUUUUCUUUGAAUAUGUUGAAAUGUCAACAUUUGAUAUCGCAUCUGAUGCAUUCUCAACAUUCAAGGUAUCUGAAACAGAAUCUGACAUUUUCACAAAUUUUAAAAUAACUAAGAUAGAAGGCACGUUCUGAUUGGUUAAAAACCUUUGGUUUAUUGUGCUGGUAAACUCAUAGGUUCACUUAAAGUUAUUUUAUAAAAGCAAUGGACCACACUUUCUAUGGGUUUACCAGCAUGAUAACCAACUUAGGAUGUUGGUAGAACACUCGAAAAGCUUAUAAAUCACUUGCCUUCAGCUCAUAAUUUACAAGCUUUUCUCGUGUUCUCCUAAGAUCCUGCAUGGGUUAUCACACCAGUAAGCCCGUAGAAAGUGUGGUUUAUUGCUUAAAUAAUACUGUUAAAGUAAAAGGAUUUAUGAGGUGCUCUGGGUGGGGGGGGGGGUGCAUAUGUCCAUGGUCUCUGUAUUGAAAAACCUGUCAUUUUGCAUUUUGAGCUAGAGGAGGCCAUGUCACUGUUGGUAUUACACUAUGGUAUUUUAUGCUUUUCUCUGGUGCAGUUUCAACCUAUCUUUGUGCGAUUUGUCACCAUUUCUACUGUCCUAUGUUGCUGUCUCAAGGCCACCGUGUGGCUUGUCAGAAUUUUACCCUAACAUGGCCUUGUAAUAUUUAUGGUGGAGCCCUCACUUGUGGGAAGUACAUACUCCAUGUUGGGUAGUAAAUGUAUCCAAGAAAUUUUUAUUAGCUGUGACAAAUUCUUCCAUCUGUACAUCCACCCCCUCAUGUCAGCAGGUGUGAAAUAUCACACUUACUUCAGAAAAAACGUCUCUUAAAGGAUCCCUUGAGACAUUUGCUUUUGGCCUUGGCUAGAUCUGUUUAAUUAUAUUAGAGCACAGUAAGAGCAUUACCCUUGAAUUUGAAUCACCCUCAACGUAUCUGCUGUUGUUAUGUUGCAAUAACCAAAAACUGAGAAGUAUACAUUCAAUGGACAAGUGAAAUGUUAAAAGGUUAUUUGCCUUGUUUUGGUUUUGGCAAGAGUUAUCACAAGAUGUAAGACCUGUGAAGCAAGUUAAUCUCCUUUUAGUGUUCAUAGUAGAAAUUGCAAACUACUUAUCUUAGGAUGAAUAGGUGGUGACCGAACAUGCUUCAGCCUAGCCUGGAAAUAUGGCCUUCUCUCCUUAGUUGACACUCAUUUCCAUACUCCAGAAUGACGCUGACACAUUAUGAUUCAUCUCGACAGCAACCCCAUUUACAUCCCAGAAGAUCCUUUUUAAUGCCAGAGGACUGGGUUCAAAUUUACUUUAACCAAAGGGACAUUAACUACAUCUCACCUUCCAAUAUUAGAACCUGAGUGUUGAAACCCGCUCUCCCCAGUUACACAAUUUCCUCUCCAAUUCUCUCCCCCCCUCUGUCCCUGACAUUUUAUGAGCCUCCCCCUCUGAGCUUCACUAGUUUGUGCGAUAAACAUAUUUUUAGUACACAAAGUAAUUCUUUACAAAGGAAGAAACUGCAUUGACUAUCAAUUAUACUCAGAUUAGGGUGAAACCCUAAAAAUAGUGAUUAGGCUCCUUGCCACAAGGAUCGUUUUGCAAGAGAGAAGUCUGUUGCUCAAUGACAGAGAUUCUGUGCUGAUGACGUAAAUCAAUGUUUACGUAAUUAAUUUAAUCUUGCAGUCUUAAGGUUCCAAAAGUAGUAAAUUUGUUCUAGUUAAGUUUUUCCUAGUCUUUUGUCAUAAAUGUUUGAGUUCCUCUGCAAAUUAUUCCACGAAUAAUGACUGUUUUUUAUUAGGUUCAUUUAUUUUACAUUUGACCUUUGUGACCUUUUGUCUGUCAUUCAAAAACAAUAUGUUAAAAAAUAAAAUUAUUACAUCAACCAAUCAGAGCUCUUGACCAGAUUCUUGACAGAUUUAACAUCAUCAGUCUGGAAUUUCUGUCGUUGAGGCAGAAACGUCUCCUCCUCAAAAUGUCUCUAGCGACGGGGAUUCCAUUUCAUGUCAGAAAAGCAAAAUUAAUGCAGUCUAGUUUUGUAUAGUUCCCAAAUUUGAUAUAAGUAAUGAAUUAUUAAUAUACCUGAUGUGUCAACAUUAUUGAUUUAUUUCUUAUUUAUUUACAGGAUCUUCUUACAAGACAUAAAAUACUAGUUGCCGGGUUCUUGGAGAAGAAUUAUGACAAGGUUAGUAAGUCUGCAGUUGAAUUUUUGUAAGAUGUUUACAAAUCGUUGCCUGUCUCAAUGUAUGGUUAAUAUUUGGCUUUUUCAUGUGAGGUUUUCUAUUUUUCGGUAGUUUUACGGUCAUUAUGGCAAGUUACUGCACUCAGAGAAUUAUGUGACAAAGAGGCAGUCUUUGAAGGUAAAUCUUUCCCUUGUAAAAAUUUAUUCAUGAUCACAGUGUGGUAGCUGCAAUAUUGCAAUGUAAUUGCACACAUCACGGCAUGAUAGCAACUUGGUGUUUGUGAGCAUGGCAAGGUUUUAGCAACUGCAGUAUGCUGAUCAGGAUUGUGGCUUGAUGAUAAUAAUAAUAAUUAUAAUAAUAAAUACUUAUAUAGCGCGGUAUCCACUAAUAAUUGCUCAAAGCACUGUACAAUAAUAUGGUAAGAAACUAGAGUUAAAAACUAUUUAUAAGAUGAUCAUAAUCGUGGCACAAAAGAAUCUGCAGUGAUCAUGGCAUGAUUUAAAUAAAUUGCAAUCAUGACCAGGCACACUUGCAAUCGCAAGGAUUGUGAUCAUAGAAGAUGUUCGCAAGUGCAGAGAGAUUCUGAAAAAUCACAACAGCGAUCUCUAUGAUAUACCAGUAGGCAUGUUGAUUUUCACCCUAUCAGUUUCAGAUUUCUUCAUGGGGACGUACCACGUAAUUAAAUUGCCAAGAACCAGCCUUUUAGUGAAAAUUGGUGGGGAGAUAUACAUUCACAAGCACCAUUAAGCUCUGGUGACUCCAUCCAAAUCCUUGUAAAAUUGGCUUGGAUAGUAACACUUAAGAUCCAGGCCUAUUUUGGAAGGACUUAAAUGGAGUCAUCAGAACAUAACCCUGCUUAUAUCUCUCCAUCAAUUUGUAUUAACCCUUUAAACCCUAAUGUCAAAAUUGAGAUUCUCAUUUACUGUCCCUAUACAUGUACUUUUUCAAUCGAAGCAGUUUGGAGAAUUUGUUGAAAUAUCAAUAAUAGAGAGUUUUAGAUCCGAGUCUACCGCGAACCUCUAUCCGCGGUUUGGGGUUACCCAUUUGCGGUUCAACGUUCAAACAUAAUUCGAUUUAGAUUGGCAGUGGAUUAGAUUACGGCCACCAUUUUGAAUCAGCAGCCAUGAAUGGCAAUAGGAUUUGUCAAAUUUAGCAUUUCACCCGAAUUUGUGCCUCUGUUAAUGGAUAAAGAGUUGCUCCACAAGAUUUUUGUAUCGUUACGUGGGAUAAAGAAUUAUACACUAGAAGCUUUCAGGUUAAUGACAUACGUGAAAACCUAACUCCCCACGUUGAAAACGCACGUCGUAAACCUCAAACGUGACACGAAAGACUUGUCUCGUGACCUCCAGCAGUUAGAGGUUCGCGGUAAACUCAGAUCUAAACACAGAUCUCAGAUCUACACACAGUUCAGUCUUUUUGACCCACAGAAGUACAUAAAAGUACGACUGACAUUUGCACACCUUUUGUUGUUAUUAUGGACUAUUCCCCACUUUAGAAAUGAGAAGAAAACUGGGCGGGGUUAACUUUAAAAAAAACUUCUGAAGGGAAAAGGCAAUGGCGACCAUUUGCACAGUCCCUUUACGGUGUCUUCCCAGACGUUCUUGGUCAAUUCAUUUUAGUGACGUGACUAAUGGCUCAGACCAGGUGAUCUGAAACACAUAGUCUGCGCUAAGUAAUGAGGCCUUAUAACUAGGCAUGGAGACCAUUAAUAUAACAGGAGAUAGGGUAGGUAGUUCAACUUGGUCUAAGAAGACAGAAUAUCGCAGAAGAUGGUCUGAGCAGUUUGAGGACUACAGCUGACUAUGUAGAGAGAAAGCCUUAACUAUAGCUAGUAAAAAUAACCUGUUGUUAUACAUAGCUUCUUGGUGAGCUCUUGCUGGAUCGCCAUAACUUUACUGUGAUGACCAAGUACAUUAGCAAUCCCGAAAACUUGAAGCUUAUGAUGAACCUACUCAGAGACAAGAGCAGGAAUAUCCAGUUUGAGGCAUUCCAUGUGUUCAAGGUAAGCCUCUCAUUUACAGUAAGCCCUGGUUCAGAUGCCGAACUUUUCAUAAGCCGAAUCUAAUACAUUGAAUUAAGGACAUGAAAAGUUUGGCAUCUGAAUCAAUCAGGAAUGCCUGAUUCAAUGUGGAACCACUCAGCCGUUCCUCCUGCCUAGCUUGGCCAGGAAUUUCUACUUUGGAGAGGCUUUGGAACAGCUUUGAUUCAGACGCCAAACUUUUCAUAUGCCAAACCUAAUACAUAAAUUAAUUAUAAUAACGUAUUUUGCAAGCCGUUUGACAAAAAUGAGCUUUUUUGGUUUCGAUGGAACCAAGGUUGGCACCUGAAUUAAUUCAGCUGGUCUAUAUAAUUAGGUUCAGCUUAUGAAAAGUUAACCGUUUGAACCGAGCCUCAGACCUUAGGUUAAUGAUGGCUAAUUCUGAUUUUUGUGUUGUGAUCUCACUGAGGUUAAUCAAACAAACAUGUAGGUCAUGAGGAUAAGAGAAAUGAUCGUAAGAGAUGAUGUGUAAUGAAAUCUGGAAUGUACAGAACCAAAAAUGCCCUAAUCGCUGUUGCAAUUUAGUUUCUUGUUUUAAUUGCUGUGGAGAGUACCUGUUUCAUUAAAUUCUAUAGGUAAUGCUACAUUGAAUGUAACCUUACCUAUAGCCUGCAAAUGCAGACAUAUUAAAAUAUGUUUGCAUUUGCAGGCUGUUACCCUUGGAAUAUUUAUUUUUGCAGGUGUUUGUUGCAAACCCAAAUAAAUCUCCGCCAAUUCAGGAAAUCUUGGUGAAAAACAAAGACAAGCUCGUGGAGUUUCUGACAACCUUCCACAAUGACAGAACAGGUAUCAGUAUAAAUAUGUAGAUUCUCCCCAGCUUAAAUACAAAAGUACUGUCUGUUAACUUUUUCAAUCCCAGAAAGGACCAAAGUAAAAAAUGGGCAAAAAUUCAAGAUUUCAUUAAAUUUGUAAAAUUUUGCAAAACAAAUAGCCCCAUUUGAAAGCACUGCUGAGGAGGUUUUAUUUGAAUGGUCAUAUCAAAGGAUUUCAUCCACAGACUCAAAAGUUAGAACUACAUACUAAAUAAAUAGUACCAUGUGAAAGUACUGCUGAAGAGGUUUCAUUUGAAUGGUAACCCCACGGGAUUUCAUCCACAGACUCAAAAGUUAGAACUACAUACUAAAUAAAUAGUACCAUGUGAAAGUACUGCUGAAGAGGUUUCAUUUGAAUGGUAACCCCACGGGAUUUCAUCCACAGACUCAAAAGUUAGAACUACAUACUAAAUAAAUAGUACCAUGGCCAUGUGAAAGUACUGCUGAAGAGGUUUCAUUUGAAUGGUAACACCAUAGGAUUUCAUCCACAGACUCAAAAGUUAGAACUUCAUACAAAAUAAAUAGUACGAUGUGAAAGUACUGCUGAAGAGGUUUUAUUUGAAUGACCACAUCUUAGGAUUUGUCCACAGAUUCCAAAGUUAGGACCACCUUGCAAGACUGAAAAACAAAAUGCUUCUCUCCCCUCCCCUCUACUUAAACAGCAAGAAAACAGCGUGUACGCAUUGUAUAUUUUGCAAGCAUGACAAUUUUUUUAUUUAUUUGUUUGGCCAAGGAUACCCCAUCACUUUCAUUUCUGAGCCACCAACACCUCCCCCCCCCUCCAUGGACUUACCAGAACCUGUACUUAUGUACUAAGCUGGUGAGAAAGGGAAAGAACUAAAAUACAACAGCUGCUGUGAGCCUUGAAAGAAAAACGAUCCACAAUGAUCGAUCAUUCGAACUGCCGCUGAAGUCUCAGUGACAAUCCUGCACAAAGUCUGGGGUGUGACUGCUGGCCAGCAAGCCUGUGUCUUGCCUGUUCCAUGCACCGAGAUAGUCGUGAGCACGCAAAAUAAAAUGGAAAGAAACUGGGAAGAGAAAGGGCUGUCUCCCUUCCUUUGUCCCUCCACUGCCCCCUUUUCCCAAAUUAUCCACACACAUUUUCAUCUGCCUUUCACUUUGUACGAUGUACUCAUGGUCUGUUAUUUUUAUGACUUUUCAGAGGAUGAGCAAUUCAAUGAUGAGAAGACUUACCUAAUCAAACAAAUCAAGGAACUGUAAUAAAAAGGCAUCCAUGACAU